AACAUUUGUGCAAUGAUUUACCCAUUACCAAAGAGAACGCAGGAAAAAAAUCACAAGAAACUGCCACACAGACACAAUAAAUAACAUUUCAUGAGCUUGAAGCUGCAUCUGGGUACUGCCAUCAGUAUGUAUCGAAUCGUUCUGCUGCUCUUGUUAGAGCUCUCCCUGACUUCCUGUAAUCUGACCAUUCCAUUAAACCUCGACAUUUCCAUUCCUUGCCUUCCUGAUAAUGCACCUGUGCUGGGUGACUCUAAAUUUACCUGGACGUUUACACCCGCUCAGACACACGCUCAGCAUCUCCUGCCUUCGCAAGGCAACAUCUUGCACCUCACAAACCUAAAUGCCAACAACGAAGGAGAGUACAGGUGUGUACAAGAAGGAUGGAAAGGAGAAGAUCGGGUGAGGUUGGAAAGAAAAUUCACAAUACACGUUGCAGAACCGCUACCAUUCCGGGAGUGGAAGGUCAUUAAAGCGCAAGCUGAGAAUGAUGUGAUCCUUCCAUGUCAGGUUCCUAAUUCUCUCCCAUUUGGACCGAACAAAACAACCCCUGUAGUCUGGAAACGAGAGAUAUCUGGAAAGUGGGUGCAGCUUAAACCCAAAGAUAAAGAUGAGCACAGGAUAGUCUGGCAUAUCAGGCCCGAAGAACAGGACUGGUCCAUAGAAAUUCUUAAGGCUGAAGAAAAAGAUGCUGGAAUGUAUCAAUGUAUCCCUCAUAAUUCGACUGAGACCCUGUUGAUGGAGCUGGAAAUUGAAGCUCCUCCUCUGCCCCGCUGCUAUAACCAAACCGGCCCCUGGGAGUCCUGCGUGGAUCCUGAGAACAGAUCAUGGAGAUCAAUUUUGCGGGAAUCACUCGUUCAUUUCUCCACUACAGUCUACUCUCAUCUUAAAGGUUCAAAGCCGACAAAAAACUUGAUCUUCUCCCCAAUCAGUAUUGCUACCGUUCUCUCUAACCUGCUUUUGGGUUCCCGAGCUGAGACCAGAACGCAGUUAGAAAAUGCUCUCAAGAUACCCAACGACUACUCCUGUGUGCAUUCUGAAAUGAAACGACUGAAAGAAUUAACCAAAGAGACACUGGGCAUGGCCUCUACCAUCUAUUACGCUCCAGACCAAACGUUGGGUGAGGCAUUCAUCAACCAAUCACUGGAGUUUUAUGACUCUGUACCACAGAACCUGACCAGUGACAGUGAUCUCAACGCAAAGCUCAUCAAUAAAUGGGUGGAAGAGAAAACGCAUGGGAAAAUCACUCAUUUAGUUGAUGAAGUGGAUCCAUCCACAAUGUUUGUUCUGGUAAAUGCCGUCUACUUUAACAGUAAAUGGAAGAUGGUUUUUGAAUCCAUGAAUAAAAAGGCAAACUUUACAAAAUUCUCAGAUGAGGUUGAAAACGUGCCCUGCCUCUUCAGCUCCAAAUACAAGCUUGCCAUAAACUACAUUCAAAACUUACAAGCUCAGGUUGGAAGGUUUCCUCUCACAGACAAAAACAGUCUUUACAUACUGCUGCCAUCCUCGACAUCAGAAGAAUCCUUCACAUUAAUGGAGAGUAAAAUAAACUUCGAUACUAUUUCAGAAAUGGUUUACGAAAUGAGCAAAAUCGCACUUCAAACUGCGGAGGUCACGCUGCCAAAAAUAAAGCUGGCUGUGACCACACCAUUGGAGAGGUUAUUGACCAGUCUGGGUUUAUCAGAUCUCUUCGAUGAUCCUAACCUGUGUGGUAUGACUACUGAACAAUCACCCAUCUCGGACGCUCGCCAUCGUGCCUUUCUGUCGCUCACGGAAAAGGGAGUGGAGGCAGCAGCGGCGACCAGCAUUUCUCUCUCUCGUUCUUUCCCUGUUUUCACAGCCCUACAGCCCUUCAUUCUGAUUGUGUGGAACGAUGAGAUCGGUGCUCCCCUCUUCAUGGGAAGGAUUGUUGAUCCAAAUAGCUCACAGUAACGAACAAACCCAUGUCACAAGAAAAGCAACUGAUGAAUAAAAUUAAACUUUCUGUUUUUCACAAUCAUUAUACAAUUAUUCAUCACAUCCAAUAAAAACAAACCUGAUCAGUU